AUGAACCUCGCCGAUCGUCGCGCACCUAAGCCCGCGCCGCGCGUGAAUCCCCUCAUCGGCGGCAUUCAGCCGAAACCGCAAGAAACCGCCGCUCCGACACCCACCAAGCCCGACGUCCAAUCCACCGCUACCACCAUGACAACGCCGCCGCCUCCUCCUCCUCCUCCCAAGUCCGCCUCCGACGUCGUCGCCAAAUCCUCCCCCUCCACCGACGCGCCCGCCCACCCAUACUCGGCGACCAGCAAGGCGCUGCCGUUCGAGCUCGACGUGACGUCGAUCCUGUCGACCAAGGCGGCCGACUACGGGCGCUCUCUACAGCAGGAGGACCCCCUGACGCGGCCGCGGGUGCGUGCGGCGGCGACGACGGGCCGCACCAUCUUCGUGCGUGCCGCGCAGCCGGGGCCCAACUCGGCGCCGACGGUCCGCAGCGCGCUCGCGAUGCUGGGGCGCCUGGUUAAGCACCAGCACAUCAAGACCAAGUACCACUCGCAGAAGGCGCACGAGCGGCCAGGCCUGAAGCGCAAGCGGCUGGCGAGCGAGCGCUGGCGGUCGCGCUUCAGGGACGGUUUCUGCGCGGCGUACGCUCGCGUGCACGAGCUGCGAAAGCAGGGCUGGUAG